UUAUUGAUGAUGUUUAUCUGUUAAAUAAAUAAUUCAACAUUAUUUAUCCCUUCAGAGCUGAAUUAGUCUCAUAACGAUGACAGUUAUUAUUGAUGCGGUUGAACCUGAUUGGUCAGGUGACUCAGCGGGGAAAUCCCCUCAUUGGAAAGUGCUUAGUCAUUCCUCGGCCUCUCAUUGGUCCUUUGGGCCGAACUCCACGGACUGACCAAUGGGAGGACACGUCAAUAUUUACUUCUCGGGACGACGAUGACGUUUAUCGCGGAAGUAAACAUAAAGGAGGCUGAGAGGAUUUAACACUGCGUCACAAAGUUUGGAGUCUGGAAUCUGGAUCAGCAGAGCGGCCAGCAGCAGUCCGUGUGUCCGGAGUCUGGUUCACUGAGAGCGGCCAGCAGCAGUCCGUGUGUCCGGAGUGUGGUUCACUGAGAGCGGCCAGCAGCAGUCCGUGUGUCCGGAGUCUGGUUCACUGAGAGCGGCCAGCAGCAGUCCGUGUGUCCGGAGUCUGGUUCACUGAGAGCGGCCAGCAGCAGUCCGUGUGUCCGGAGUGUGGUUGAGGUCAGAGGCCGGGUAUCUCUGCAGCAUGUCGGUGACGGUGAAGGCCUACCUGCUGGGGAAGGAUGAGGCGGUGAAGGAGAUCCGGAGGUUCGCGGUGGAUCAGGACGUUUCCUGCAGCUUCGAGUAUCUGAGCAAGAAAACCGGAUCAGUCUUCAACAAUCUGAAGAAUUCCGCGUUCAACAUGUUUUACAGAGAUGAAGAUGGAGACCUGGUGGCGUUUUCGUCUGAUGACGAGCUGAUGAUGGGUCUGGCCUGCAUGAAGGACGACACCUUCCGUCUCUUCAUCAAAGAGAAGAAGGAGCACCGUCGGGACUUUCCUCUUCACGCCUUCCCCCCUUUCACCUUCAUCCCCCCUCCUCCUCCCCCUGGAGCUCCUCAUGCCCCGCCCCCUCACUUGGCCCCGCCCCCCACCCUCCACCCGAACGUCACCUGUGACGGCUGCGACGGCGCCGUGGUGGGAACUCGCUUCAAGUGUUCGGUGUGUCCGAACUAUGACCUGUGCUCCGCCUGCCAGGCACGAGGGACGCACACUGAGCAUGCUCUGUUGCCCAUCUGGCACCCACUGCAGCAGUGGUUUCCUCGGGGGAAAUGGAUGAAGAGGAUGAGACACUGCGUCUGGAACCAGAACCUGAACCAGACUCAGGAUCAGAACCUGAACCAGGACCAGGCUCAAGACCAGCACCAGGACCAGGAGCGGCCUGGAACGUCCAGCAGUGCCCCCUCUGCCUCUCAGGACAACGUGGACUUCCUGAAGAACAUUGGAGAGGGUGUGGCGGCCAUGUUGAGCCCACUGGGUAUCGACGUGGACAUUGAUGUGGAGCAUGAGGGUCAGAGGACCAAGGUGACUCCGCCCCCUCAGAGCAGGGGGGCAGAGGGUGACGUAGCGAUGGGUGGGGCCAGUGGUGAGGACGAAGCCAACGGUGGGGGCGGAGCCAAUGAGGGCGGGGCCAAUGAGGGUGGAGCCAAUGAGGGCGGGGCCAAUGAGGGUGGAGCCAGUGAGGGCGGAGCCAGUGAGGGCGGAGCCAGUGAGGGCGGAGUCAGUGAGGGCGGAGCCAAUGACGGGGCAAAGGUGAGCAGAGACUCUGAUGACGAGUGGACUCACCUGAGCUCCAGAGAGGUCGACCCGUCUACAGGAGAGCUGCAGUCCCUGCAGGACCGGGACCCGAACCGGGACCGGGGUCCUCCGGCCCAGCGGGGUCCUUCGGGGCUGAGAGAGGCGGCUCUGUAUCCUCACCUGCCUCAAGAGGCCGACCCCCGGCUGGUGGAGUCCUUGUCCCUCAUGCUGUCGAUGGGCUUCACCGACGAAGGCGGCUGGCUGACUCGUCUCCUUCAGGCCAAAAACUUCGACAUCGGCGCCGCGCUCGACGCCAUCCAGUACGCCAAACAGCCCCGCCCACAGCAGCCGUGAUGAUGUCAUCACUGAUGACGUCAUCACUGACAGGCGGGAGGCGGGGCUUCUGUCUCUAAUCAUUUAUACUGAACCAAUGAAAUGAUUUUACUGCAGUCACAUGUUUGUUCUGUUCAUCAAUACUUUAACUCACAGAUCAAUAACUGCUCAUUGAUCACACAGAUCAAUAACUGCUCAUUGAUCACACAGAUCAAUAACUGCUCAUUGAUUACUGUUCUGAUGCUUUAUUCUCGUUGUUAAUCUGAUCAAUAAAAACAUGAAGUGAA